AUCAAAUUCACCGAAAUCAAAAGGAAAAAAUAAAAUAAAAAAGUAUUAUUAGGGUUCAUCAUAUACAGCACUACUUUCUUAACGAGAAUGGCAGAUGAAGCAAAUAAAACCGCGUUUGUUGAUAUUCAAGGUCGCAUGAUUGAAACUACUGCUAAAUUGAAACAGGUUCAAAACCAGCUGCGAAACAAGGAAAGCGAAAAAAAACGAGCUUAUUUAACCUUGGAGGAAUUGAGACAGCUGUCUGAUGACACAAACACAUACAAAUCUAUAGGAAGAACGUUUGUCUUAGAGCCAAAAUCAUUUCUAAUGGAUGAACAAGAAAAGAAGCUCAAGGAUAGUGAAACUGCAAUCUCCUCCUUGCAGACUUCAAAGGAGUACCUUGAGAAACAAUUGGCAGAGGUGGAGACUAACUUGCGGGAGCUUCUGCAACAAGAUCCAGGUCUUGCUCGUCAGAUAAUGUCCAUGGCUGUUGUGUAAACCAAUCCAGAUUUGUAUGUGAUCUUAAUAUAUUACGCUGUUUGUUGUGCUUGACCGAGUAUCAUACAACAUUUGAGCUUUGAUAUCUUUGUGAUCUGGAAUCUGCAGCUUAGUUUCGUUCUUUAUGUACCAUGCAAACUAUUCUCAGUAGUUGGUUAAUCAGUUAAACAUGUAACUUUUGUAAUGCACAUUGUAAUUUUAGUCAUUUGAUACAAGCAUGAUCAUAAUUAUCCAUGCAGCUA